AGGAGUCAAUUGACCUGUCAUCCAGCCGAGACACCCUUCUUCCCCUAUAAAGCAAGCCAAUUCUCGACCAAAUCCCGGGCAAUCGGCAUCAUCUCUCUCUCUCUCUCCCUCUUUCUCUCUCUAUCUCUCGCUCUGUCUCUCUCUCUCUACAGCAGCGGCGAUGGCAGUGGGAUGCGGCGGUGGCGGAGACGAAGGGAGUCUCGUGGUUAGUUUCGGAGAGAUGCUGAUAGACUUCGUUCCGACGGUUUCUGGGGUCUCGCUGGCAGAGGCGCCGGGAUUCAUCAAGGCCCCCGGCGGCGCUCCGGCGAACGUUUCCAUCGCCGUUUCCCGACUCGGCGGCCGCGCCGCCUUCAUGGGAAAGCUCGGAGACGAUGAGUUCGGCCGCAUGCUCGCCGCGAUCCUCCGCGAGAAUGGGGUAUCAGAUGCAGGCGUCACAUUCGACGCGGGAGCACGCACUGCCCUCGCUUUCGUCACCCUCCGGUCUGACGGCGAGCGGGAGUUUAUGUUUUACCGAAACCCUAGCGCUGACAUGCUGCUCACCCCCGCCGAACUCGAUCUCGAACUCAUUCGCAGGGCAAAAGUCUUCCACUAUGGAUCGAUAAGCUUGAUCACAGAACCAUGUAGGUCAGCACAUUUAAAAGCCCUGGAGGUUGCUAAGGAAGCUGGAUUGUUACUCUCUUAUGACCCAAACCUUAGGCUUCCAUUGUGGCCAUCUGCAGCUGAUGCUAAGGAGCAAAUCUUGAGCAUCUGGGACCAGGCCGAUAUCAUUAAGGUCAGUGAUGUUGAGCUCCAAUUCUUGACCGGCGAAGAUUCAGUGGAUGACGAAGUAGCCCUUACGCUUUGGCGGCCGAGCUUGAAGCUUCUGUUGGUUACACUUGGUGACAAGGGAUGCAAAUACUACACCAAGGAUUUCCGAGGGGCUGUAGCAGCAUUUAGGGUGAAGCAAGUUGAUACUACUGGUGCCGGCGACGCAUUCGUUGGCGCCUUACUAAGCAAAAUAGUUGAGGAUAUGUCUGCAUUACAGGAUGAGAAGAAAUUGAGAGAAAUGCUAAGAUUUGCAAAUGCUUGCGGAGCAAUCACCACCACCAAAAAAGGUGCAAUACCUGCUCUGCCCAACCUCUCAGAAGCUCUGGCAUUCUUUGAAAAGCAAUAGAAGAUGGAUUACCUUCAACAAUCUUGGCUAGUUUUUUUUUACAUCGUCAUUUUAUAAAACUAUCGCCUUACUGUAUAUGAACUAUUUGGAAAUUCAUCCUUUCUUUUAAAAAAAUCUGUUGCAUAGUUUUAAUUUUUGUAUUUCUAAGUGAUAAAAUUAUUUUAUCUUGCACAAAUUUUAGUAAUUAAUGUAAUCUCCAUACCCAUGUACCCGCACAGUUAAUGUUAUUUGUAUGAUUUCUUAGAACAUCGUA